AUGAUCGUGCGCAUCGCCCUUUCAUUGCUGCAGGAAACGUUGCCAGCGCAAGGUUGGGUCCGCUUGGGAUAUUUUGUGAUGUGCUGCGGUGCUGCUUUGCAUGGCCUGUUUAACCAAGAGUAUUCGAGCCCGUAUUCCGACGAGGAAGCAUCAGCGCAGCAGCAGCAGCAGUUCCGACUGGAGGCGGCCCGGUCGACGACUGAUGCGCACAAUCGGGUCCUGGAAAUCAAGGCCACCCCCACCUUGCGGAACCUUGGUGUUGGAUUCUUCGUUUUCCAGCCACACUGCGAACAGGAUGUCCUGGUGGCUGCCCCGCUUGGGAGGCUUUGCUGA